GCGGCAGUAAGUUCCAAUUUAACUUGUGAUCAGUCCCAAUGAAGCACAACAACGUUAUCCCGAACGGUCACUUCCACAAGGACUGGCAAAACCGCAUCAAGACGUGGUUUGACCAAGCCUCGAAGAAGAAGUCGCGCCGCUUGACACGCAAGGCCAAGGCUGCGGCCAUUGCCCCCCGCCCGGCUGCCGGCCUCUUGCGCCCUGCCGUGCACUGCCCUACGAUCAAGUACGGCUCCAAGGUGCGCGCUGGCCGUGGCUUCACUUUGGACGAACUCAAGGAAGCUGGCAUCUCGCGCAAGCAAGCCUUGACGAUCGGUGUCUCGGUCGACUACCGCCGCACCAACAAGUCGGUGGAAUCGCUCCAGGCCAACGUCCAGCGCUUGAAGACGUACAAGUCCAAGUUGGUCUUGUUCCCCCGCAAGCGCGCCUCGAAGCCGAAGGCUGGUGACUCGAAGGUCGAGGAAACCAAGAACGCGACCCAAUUGAUCGGUGCUGUGCUCCCGAUUGCUCGCCCCUCCAAGGAAGUGCCUACCGCCAAGAUCACGGAAGAGUUGAAGAACAACUCCGUGGUUAAGACCCUGCGCUUGGCUCGUGCCGACGCCCGUCUCGUUGGCCUCCGCAAGAAGAAGGCCGACGAAAAGGCCAACGCCGACAAGUAAGGAGCAAGUCAUGGGUGAUACGAUGCGACUUGUAGCGUUCGUUGGUUUGAUCGAUUGGAACACGAAAAUAAGAGAACAAACGAACAUAUCGUCUCUCUGUCUC